UUUGAAAUCGGCGUUUCGCGAGUUUAGCAGAGGAAAGCCUCGGAUGAGUGGACAACCUGCAGCUAAAACUUUUUUUAUUUAACCCACAUCUACAACUGUAUUUUUUAACAUUAGGUUUUGUUGUUGCAUUGACGUCCUGGAUGAAGCACCACCGCCGCGUCGUCAUAAAGUGUCUGCAAUGUCUGGAGGAGAGGACAGCGGGGUUCAGCUACAGUGUUGCGUGACGACAGAGCACCUGAACGCUUCAGGACAGACCACCCGGAGGCAGGUUAUUCGCAAAGCCUCUGUUCUUCUGGGACGCAACGAGUUCCAGGAGCUCAUCCUCCGGGUGCACGAUGGGAAAAUACCGCAAAAUUAUCCUCUGAAGGAUUUCAAACUAUUCACCAAGUUUGCCCGCGAUGGAAAGUGCACUGUCCAACUGAUCCCUGAAAACAUCCAGGUGCUCAUCUCCAACUGCCCCACUGACCAGCUUGGCAUCUUCCUGAGGACUCUGAGCAUCAAACACCAGGCCGGGCUGUCCAGCAAAACUCUGAGCGGGCGGGAGAAGCUCAAAGCUGGUCUUCCCCGCAGCUUUGAGGCCAUCAGCCCACUUCAGCAAAAAGACAUUCAGAAGAUCAAUGAGCUUCGAAACAAAGUGUCAGCCAAAGGCCUUUCGGACCGCACUAAUAGGCUCACUGGUGUGGGACAACAAGUCAAAAGGCCAAGGAGUGACUGCAACUUUAGCCCCGUGAAAGCCAACCCCAGCAAAAAAACCAUCCUAUCCCUUCCUACCCGUAAGCUGAACAAAGAACAGUCUGCUGUCCUCAGUGCUGUACUGAGUGGAAAGAACGUCUUCUUCACAGGCAGUGCUGGUACGGGGAAGUCUUUCCUACUGAAGAGAAUAAUUGGGUCACUUCCUCCAAAGAGCACCUUUGCCACCGCCAGCACUGGAGUGGCUGCAUGUCACAUUGGAGGAACAACACUACAUAACUUUGCAGGUAUUGGCUCUGGCUCAGCCCCACUGGAGCAGUGUAUCGAGCUGGCUCAGAGGCCCGGGGUGCUCCGGCACUGGACCAACUGUCAACACCUCGUCAUUGAUGAGAUCUCCAUGGUCGACGCUACUUUCUUUGACAAGCUCGAAUCUGUAGCCAGGUCAGUGAGGAGGUCCACUGAACCUUUUGGGGGUAUCCAGCUGAUUAUUUCUGGCGAUUUCUUUCAGCUGCCUCCUAUCUCUAAGGGAAAGGAAAAGGCAAAGUUUUGUUUCCAGGCCAGAUGUUGGCGUAAAGUCAUCCAGGUCAACUUGGAGCUAACGGAGGUGCUGCGACAAACAGAUCAGACCUUCAUCUCCCUCCUCCAGGCAGUAAGGGUGGGAAGGGCGACAGAGGAGGUCACAAAUAAAUUAGUUGAGAGCGCCUACCGCCAGAUCGACAGGGAUGGUAUCCUAGCAACCAGACUGUGCACGCACAAGGAUGAUGUGGAGCUCACCAAUGACAACAAACUACAGCAGCUGCCAGGAUCAACGCGAGUGUUUGAGGCUGUAGACAGCGACCCGGCCUUGGUGAGGAUGAUAGAUGCGCACAGCCCUGUCAGCAGACUGCUUCAUCUUAAAGUGGGAGCUCAAGUCAUGCUGACAAAGAACCUGGAUGUGACUCGAGGUCUGGUGAACGGAGCCCGAGGGGUUGUGGUGGCGUUUGAGCCUGGAAUACAUGGACUCCCACAUGUGCGCUUCCUGUGUGGCGUCACUGAAGUGGUGAAGCAUGAACGCUGGGUGUUUAAAUACGGGGGCGGGACGCACUUGAGUCGACAGCAGCUGCCACUCAAGUUAGCCUGGGCCAUUUCCAUCCACAAGAGCCAGGGGAUGACGUUGGACUGCGUGGAAAUAUCUCUGGCACGUGUAUUUGAGAGCGGCCAGGCUUACGUGGCUUUGUCUCGGGCUCGGAGUUUGGAGGGUCUGAAGGUUAUGGACUUUGACCCCCGUGUGGUCCGAGCAGACCCAAAUGUUCUUAGCUUUUACAAGAAGCUGAGGACGGAGAGGUUGUUGAUGCAGACUACCAUUGAUGACUAUGUUGAUAGCAAAGAGAACAUCUGGUGAGAAUAAUUCUGCACCAUCUGCACGUUUUCGCAUUUUUAAAUUCGUAAUACACUGGCCCGAAUCCACCACCAGAGAUACUUGGAGUCACACUGCCAUCAUGUGUUCAGUAGUGUAAUGUUUUUGAAACCUUGACGUUUUAUUUAUUGUGAUUUUUCCAUCAAAUAAAGUUUUUACUUAGUAA